UAGUGGCAAAUAGAGAUUGGACGGAGACGAAGAAGAAAUAGAGUGGCAGUGGCAGACACAGAGACCAAAAAGCAGAGAAGAAAGAGAAGAGAGUGCGAGAAUGGGAUCGGAAGCACAACUUCCCAAGUGGGCUUCGGAGCCUUGCAUAAUGGGCAUUGACGAGGCUGGACGAGGACCUGUUUUGGGACCUAUGGUGUAUGGUUGCUUGUACUGCGCUCAGUCAUACCAGAAGACUCUCUCCUCUUUGAACUUUGCAGAUUCUAAGACACUAAAAGAAGAAAAGAGGGAGGAAUUAUUUGAAAACCUAAAGACUGAUGAAUCAAUUGGUUGGGCUGUUGAUAUCAUAGAUCCAAGGGAGCUUUCAGCUAAAAUGCUAAAGAAAAACAAGAUCAACCUAAAUGAGAUAUCACAUGAAUCAGCAAUGGGCCUGGUCGCCAAGGUCCUAAACAUGGGUAUCUUUCUAACUGAGGUUUAUGUGGAUACAGUUGGAGAUGCUGAGAAAUACAAAGAAAAACUGUCUGGAAGAUUUCCUGCCGUCAAAUUUGUGGUUGCAAAGAAGGCUGAUAGUCUUUAUCCAGUUGUUAGUGGAGCUAGCAUAGUUGCAAAAGUCACAAGAGACCGAGCUUUGCGGGAAUGGAUACUAGAUGAAACAGCUGAAAAUAUGCACAAAAACUUUGGUUCUGGAUACCCUGGAGAUCCUGAAACCAAGGCCUGGUUGGAACAUCACAAACACAUGGUCUUUGGAUUCCCAUCACUGGUUCGCUUCAGUUGGGGUACGUGCACUCCUUAUAUCAAAGAACUUGCCGAAGUCUUAUGGGAAUCUGAUAAGAUGGAUGAAGAUAGCAGUUGUGGAAAGAAGCAAAUGAAAUUAAUUCGUUUUGGUGUCACAACAUCCAAGAGAAAGAGUGAGGAAAUCGAAUCAAGUGGUAAAGGGCACUGCAAAUUCUUCCAGGCUCGUAAACUAGAGCGACUGACUCAUUUCUAGGAUUGAUGUUCGGAUUGUUGAUUGUUGUCGUUUCUUUUGCUUUCUCCGAUUGGUUUUGUACAUCUAUGCUGGCCUUCAUUAUUUAGAACUAGAUCUAUUGUACAAAAUCAUUCAUAAGUUUACAGUUUCAAUUCUGCAAUUGUCAAGCCUUAAUUUUCCCUGACUUAUUCAGUUAA